GUUUAAUCCCACAACACAAGUCCGAGACUGGGUUUGUCGGCGUGGGCGCCCUUUGUUGGUGUCUGCCUAUCUCACUUGUCUCACCAUUUAGUGGACGCGCCACGGAUUGUUUGGCAUACCCUGUCGUGGUGAUUGAGCUCCGGCGCCACCGAUACUGUCGAGCCCUCAAGACGCCAUAAGCCUCCAUUUGGUCAUCCUCGACCCUUGGACACCUGCGCACGCCUGCAACUCAGACGUCAACACGCCGCACGGCCGGCCGCCGCCUCCGCCGCCUCCGCCGUCUUUCCGACCCUGCAUCCAGCCAGCUGCUGCCAGGCCAGCAGGCCAGCCAUCAUUCCCCAUCAAAAUGUCGAGUACCAGCGCGGCUACGGCGACAACGAGCCGGACAACGACUACCGCGGCUGAUGCAAGCUCGCAAUCUUGUCGGGUUGCAAACAAGAAAACCGCACUCCCAGCGACAACAACACGAGCCAUCUCCUACUACGACCAGAGGCCAUCCCCCAUCAUCCACCCCGUCUCCAUCCUCCGCAAACCCUCCCUUCCAAACCUCAGCUCGCUCGCACAAGUUGCAGCAGCAGCUGUCCCAAGACUCCCUCAGACGACACCCAUCAUGUCGUCUCCACUAUCAGGCCAUGCAGGCCACUCCAUCGCCUUCCCUCCACUCCCUCCACUUCCUCCUUUCCCCCGUGCCAGCGACAAUGUCCUUCGCAAGUCGGCUCCUCCUACCACCCAGACCUCGACUCUGGCAUCCGGAUCACAGACCACCCGUAUCCGCCCUCGCAGAUCCCGUGUCUCGUUCCGCGAUGAGGUCGAUGCGCUCGAGGAACAACCCCGACGUCGACCCACAUCGCACGGUCCACCUUCCCCAAUACUCACUCCCUCCAGGCGGCCGUCUGCAGACGCAGAGGUCGCAGUGCGCAAGGCGACGUCUGUACGCCCCGUCCUGAAGCGUGCAUCCUCCUCCACUCCUCUCAGCUCGGCGCGUCGUGCUUCGGAAUCAACAACAACGCCGGGGCCACCAACUUCUAUUUACGACGCGUUUGACGCGUUCCGGCCGCAGACCCUCAGGUACCCUCGCGUGUCUCCCGCACUCGCACGCCUCAGUGACGGCGGCCUUAGUCUGACAGGCGCCGCCGACACCUGGUCCGCCGGCGCCAUCAGGCGCAAACAAGCCACUAUCGAGGCUACCACCUCUAAACUCACAGCAUCGCCUUCACCGUCACACGCUUCUUCCACCGCGGCGGCUGCGUCAAAGGACCGCGAGUCCGAGCGCGACAACCGUGCCAGCACACAAACGACGUCCUCGCGCAAAGCACGCAAACCUCGCUCGCCCAUCCCUUCCUGGUCGUCAACAUGCCCGUCGCUCAGCUCGUCAAGUCACCGCGCAUCGGUCGCGUCGACGCUGACAGCGCCCUCGAUGACGAGCUUGUUGCUGUCGCCCCCAUCACCAAGCGACAGGUACCUCCCCGCGAUGCCGACUGCUCCUUCCUUUGGAGAAGAUGGUGUUCCUGUCUCGCCACUGCCUGCGGCGACGGAGCGCGAGGUUGACUCUGCUGCAUUGUUGGUCGACGGAGGGUAUCGUGCAAAGCGCGCAGCAGCAGAAGGAGCAAGUGGAGGUUCCUACCAGCGUGACACCUCCCAGGGUCACCCCUUGGACCCUCACCACCCGCGCGUUCAUGCGCCCCUGCGCCUCCGACCUCGACACAGCGAACCCGCAUCCUUUGGUUCGUCUGCUCCAUCUUCCUACUCUGUCCCUCGCGCAAGCGAACGUCUACUCCGUCUCCAGAACUCGCUCGCCGAUCUCCGCAUGCAGCGUCGAGCUUCAGCAAAGGGGAACUCUCCCAACUCCUCCUCCUCCUCUCAUCGCCCCAAACCACUAGUCUCCCCGGCGCAACGCGACUCUCCCCGUUCAGGACCGCCCCAGCCUGCAACCCCCGACGCUCCGGCACCGUCGGGCACUCCAUCCAGCGUGCGAUCCAGCUUCCGGGUGUCGCGAGCACCAAGCCCAACCUUUGCAGAGCUUACUCGUGCCCGUCCAGGCCGCGAGCGAGAUGAUCAUGAUGCCGACUCUGACGAAAGUGACCUCGACCUCUCGCUUCCCCCACUCAACGCGGCGCUGCGUUCGCGCGUAAUUCCGUCGUCUUCACGGCUGCUCGUCAAAAUGACGCAGCCGUCGGGAGCGGGAGCAACCUACGACGAAAAGCGUGACGGCCUUGGAUGGAGUGGCAGCGAGUCCGAGGAGGAAGAGUUCUCGCGCACAGUUGCCCGCAUCGCUAGGCGCAAGAGCGGCAUGCCGCCCCCGCGUCAGCUGUCCAAGCGCCCCUCCCUGCCGGCCGGCUACCUGCAUCGCCACUCGGACUUUUAUGGCAGCGGCCUUGCUUCCAACCAGACCUCCCCUUCGACCGCGUCUGACUCGCAGACCGGUGGACCACCGACGCCCAGCGUCUCUGAGCGCCCAUCCACUUCGCUCGGCACCUCGAGGCCUACGCACGGCACCGUAGCGCUGCUAUCUGCCCUGGUUGAGCAGAAAUACGCGUCUCGCGACGUGCUCCCUCGCCCCAAGCGUUUCGUGCACGGGUGGGGCGCACCUGAAGUGCUGCUCGAGGACGACUGGCCGCCCGACAACCUGGCAUCGGACGACAUGUCCAUGUCGGAGAACAGCAGCUCGAUGACCAAUGUGACGACCCCGACGAUCUCCAAGCAGGCUGCGCCUGCUUCUACGCGUCUCCCGCGACCUCUAGGGAGAGCGUGGUAGAUAUUCUCCUUUAUUGCAAUCGCACCCAGCUUGUUGUCAUUACCAGUGUAACUCGUCAAUCAUCGAUUCGCACAUUUAUACACUACUACUAUGCAAUCUACUUCGAUG